AGUGUCCUUGUUUUUCUAUUAGUAUUACCUUUUAGGAGAGAGAGAGAGAGAGUUUUCUUGCUUGUAUUGACAUUCUCUCAGGUGUUAGAGAGAGAGAGAGAGAGUUUUCUUGCUUGUAUUUACAUUCUCUCGGGUGUUUGGGGGGAGAGAGAGAGUUUUCUUGCUUGUAUUUUCAUUCUCUCAGGUGUUUGGGAGAGUGUUUGGGAUAGAGUUUUCUUGCUUGUUUUUUCAUUCUCUCAGGUGUUUGGGAGAGUUUUCUUGCUUGUUUUUUCAUUCUCUCAAUGUUUCGGAGAGAAGGAGGGGGGUUUCUUGCUUCUGUUAACAUUCUCUCAGGUGUUCUAGAGUGAGAGAGAGAGAGUUUUCUUGCUUGUAGUAACAUCCUCUCAAGUGUUUGUGUGUGUGUGUGUGUGUGUGUGUGUGUGAGAGAGAGAGAGAGAGAGAGAGAGAGAGAGAGAGAGAGAGAGUUGAAAUGGAACUAGAUGAACAUGGAUUCUUAGAAGAGCUCCUUGCUCUAAGAAGAGAUACAUGGGAAGGCUUCCCAAUAGAAAUGAGUGAUAUUUUCAAUCAUGGAGGUAGCUUUGAUUCUUUCCAAGACAACCCAAAUCUAGUUUUCCCAUUUUCUUCUUGUGACAGUUUUGGAUUCUCCACAUCAACCCACCCCACAUUCGAUUCUUCCCUGAAUGAAGUCUACUGUCCAUAUGUUGAUACAAUUUCAUCGACCCAGAUCGAUCCAUCGCCUGAAUUCCAUGACCCCAUCCCAUUUCCCACUCAAGAAGAUUGCCCCUCCAUCAUCGAAGACGACGAUCUAGGCCUUCUUGCCUCCGAAAAUCUUCGUAAUUCAGAUGAUAAACAGAGGAUUUGCAAGGUGGAAAUGUCCCAGUCUGCUGAAAUUCCAGUAUUCGACGUUGGUUCCUGUUUAGGCAGGAAGAGCCGUGUGAAGAAGGUUGAAGGCCAGCCGUCCAAGAAUCUGAUGGCCGAGAGGCGUCGACGGAAGCGAUUGAACGAUCGCCUUUCAAUGCUCCGAUCAGUGGUCCCCAAGAUCAGUAAGAUGGAUCGAACAUCAAUACUCGGCGAUACGAUUGAUUACAUGAAAGAGCUGCUGGAUCGAAUCAAGAAGCUGCAAGAAGAAAUCCAAGGGGGUUCAAAUCAGCUUAAUCUACUGAGCAUUUUCAAGGAGCUAACGUCGAAUGAAAUCCUGGUCAGGAACACUCCAAAGUUCGAUGUGGAACGAAGGAAUGCAGACACACGGAUUGAUAUUUGCUGCGCGACGAAGCCCGGAUUGCUGCUGUCAACCAUAGCUACUUUAGAAGCUCUAGGCCUUGAGAUUCAGCAAUGUGUUAUCAGCUGCUUCAAUGAUUUUGGAAUGCAAGCUUCCUGCUCCGAGGAUCUGGAGCAGAGACCAGUGGUGAACUCUGAAGAGAUAAAGCAAGCACUAUUCAGAAAUGCAGGCUAUGGAGGGAGAUGCAUGUAGAAGUGAAGAAAAUAAAAAGGGACUGUUUGGCCAUCACAAGGCUUAUGAAUCUCAAUUCAGUUCAGUAUUUUUUAGGAACGUUGCAGGUUAGGGAUUUAGGACACUUUGAGGCAUAUAGUUGUACCAAUGUCUCAAAAUAAUGGGGUUGGUAAUAUGAUUUGAGCCAAUCACCCAAACUGCCUCAGUUAAUCUGUGUAAUUUUUGUUUUGAUUUGAGCUGUUCUGUCAAUUUAUGGAUGAUAGUAUGUUCUUGCCC